AUGGGUGGGUCGUGCAAUCGGAUGCGAAAAUUUGCGGCCCAAAUCCAAGAGAGUGCUGGUAUUAAGAUACCUACCGGAACGGCCCUGUGCGAUCUGUCUACAACGGACCGGUACAGCAUGUACAAAGUGGGCAAUGUAUUGUCUAUCAGC